AUGCUCGCGCAGUGUGCACUUGUGCGCAGCUGCCGGAUGCGUCGCCGUCUCGCCCGCUGUGGCCUUGUGGCCUUGUGGGCGGCGCAACGCGGGUGCAGCUCGCCGGGGACCAGCAGCAGCAGGAAGAAUGCGGUUGACAGUGAGGCACCGUUGUGUGAGGCGGUUGCGGCCGUGCCGCCAGACUCCCUUUUUGAACUAGAGGGGCUCCGUGAAUACCGCGACCGUCACUUGCGGCCGCUGCUGGAUGAGAAGCGCCGCCAGCUUCGGAGUGUGACAGCCGUAAAAGCGCAGUGUGAGGCGGCAGCGCGGUGGUACCCGGACUAUUACGCCGCGGCGCUUUUCGUAUUGCUGUCGGCGCAGGCCGCCACGCUUUUCUACUGGGUGUAUUUCCUAUUUGACUGGAAUCUUGUGGAGCCGGUGACGUACCUGCUGGGGUACGGCGGUGUGUGGGUGGGCAUCGCGUGCUACGGUGCGACGCGGCGGGAGUUCACGUACGACGCGUGCCGGGAGAUGAUCACGGCGUACCACCUCCGCCGGCUUUACUGCAGGCAUCACGUGGACGUGGCGUUGUGGCAGCAGCUGGUAGCUGAGGUGGAGCUGCUAGAGACGCAGGUGCGUGGUUUGGAAGGCGUGUAA